UUGUGGACUUCACUAUAAAUAGGGGAUGUGAAAUUGUGAACACAGACACGGAAAAAGAAAGAACAGAGUACAAUCCUUUAUUAAACACGCAAUUAUCAUCUAAUAGCAAUUGAAUACAGCUUUGUUUCAAGUGGGUUUCGAGCAUUACAAUCACCACUAGUCUACUGUUAUUUCAAUUUCCAAUUCUUUCCAGAUUUACCAUGAGCACUCAAGGAUCCUCAUCGUCAUUGUCAUCUUCUUCUUCUUCUUCAACAUUUUGGCAGAGUUUUGGAAAAUGUUUUGCAGACCUUGUAAGUGCUGCUUGGCAAUGGAUGGGCGUUUGUCUCUUGAGUGACGAUAGAGAACUUGAGAAAGGAAACUCUAAUUCGCUACAGCUCGUAAGAGCAAAAGAAGAUUCAAGUCAGGGACCCUCAACGUCAUCACCAUCUUCUUCUUCAACACCACAAUGGAAAUAUGAUGUGUUUCUCAGUUUUAGAGGCGAGGACACCCGUAGAAGUUUUACUGACCAUCUAUAUGAUGCUUUGCAACGGAAAGGCAUUUUGACCUUUAGGGAUGAUGAAGGACUUGAGAGAGGAAAAUCUAUUUCACAAGAGCUCUUGAAAGCAAUAGAAGAAUCGAGGUUUGCUAUUGUUAUUUUCUCAAAAAACUAUGCAUCCUCAACAUGGUGUUUGGAUGAACUUGCAAAGAUAGUUAGAUGCAUGAGAGAGACAGGAUUGACAAUUUGGCCAGUUUUUUAUGAUGUGGAUCCAUCUGUUGUACGGAAACCGGCGGGAACUUUUGAACAAGCCAUUAAUGAACACAAAAAACGUUUUAAACAUGACAUAACGAAGGUGGAAAUUUGGAAAGCUGCUUUGGCUAAAGUAGCUAAUAUCUCUGGUUGGCAUUUACAAGACAGGCAUGAGUCUGAAUUUAUCCAACACAUUGUGAAAGAGAUGAUGAAGAAAUUGAGUUCUAAACCCUCAAGCAUUAUCAAAAAAUUCAUAGCAAUGGAAUCGAUUAUGGCAAAAUUUAUCCCUUUAUAUUUAGGUUUUGAGAAUAAUGUUCGCAUGAUAGGGAUUUAUGGUAUGGGGGGAUUGGGAAAAACAACUCUUGCUAGAGUUGUUUACGAUGAAUUUCGUAGUCAUUUUGAAGGUUCUAGCUUUAUUGCUAAUGUUAGGGAAGAUUCAAAAAAACAUGGUUUACCUCAAUUACAACAGCAGCUUCUUGCAGACAUUUUGGAGGACCGAAAUAUAUAUGUAAGGAAUGUUUAUGAUGGAGUUGACUUGAUUAAGGAAAGGUUGCAUCGUAAAAAAGUUUUACUUGUUAUAGAUGAUGUUGACCAUUUGGACCAAUUAACAAAUUUGGCAGGAGAACAAGACUGGUUUGGAUUGGGGAGUUGGAUCAUCAUAACAACUAGAGAUGAACAUGUGUUGAAACUACAUGGAGUGCUUAAUAGAUACAAUCCUAAUGGAUUAAAUAAUGAUGAUGCUUUAAAACUUUUUUGUUUGAAAGCCUUCAAAAAUGAGCAGCCUGAAAAAGGUUAUAUGCAACUCUCCCAAGUAGUUGUCAAAUAUGCUAGUGGCCUUCCAUUAGCUCUUAUUACUUUAGGUUCCUUUUUGUUUGGAAGAACAAUAGUUGAGUGGCAAAGUGCAUUAUACAGCUUUAAAGAUACUGAAGGAGAAAUAUUUGAUAUACUUAAAAUUAGUUAUGAUGGACUAAAGGAAAUGUGGAAAAAGAUAUUCUUAGAUAUUGCAUGUUUCUUCAGAGGAUGGGAGAAAAAUCAAGUAAUAGAGAUAUUAGAGAAUUGUGGUUUUAAAGCAAGAAUUGGUAUAAGUGUUCUCUUGGACAAAUCUCUCCUAACUGUGAAUUAUAAGGGAUCUUUGGAGAUGCAUGAUCUACUACAAGAAAUGGGUGAAAAAAUUGUUUGUUUUGAAUCAGGUGGGAACCUUGAAAAGCAAAGUAGGUUGUGGCUUAUUAAUGACUUGCUUCAUGUAUUGGAGAACAAUAAGGCAACAAAAGCAAUUCAAGCCAUAGUUGUCUCAUGUUGGGAAAAGUAUUUCAACUUUGAAGAAUUUUUUGAAGGGUUUUUAAAGAUGUCUAAUCUUAGAUUGCUGGUAAUUAAAACCCAGGAUGUUCUCAUUAACCAAAGACAUCUUGCUCUUCCUAAUAACCUAAGAUAUCUUUCAUGGAGAGAAUGUCCUUUCAAAUGUUUGGCAUCCAGUCACAAACGAAUGGCGUUUGUUCAGCUUGACUUGCAGCAUAGCAAAUUUGAAUAUCUUUGGGAAGGAGUAAUGCGUUCAGUCAACUUAAAGUUCAUUGACCUUAGUCAUUCCAACCGCCUUAUUAGGACACCUGACUUUUCAGGUGUUCCGAAUCUUGAGGGACUAAACCUUUCUGAUUGUUUUAGAUUGGUUGAGAUCCACCCAUCUAUUGGAAAACUCAACAGGCUUGAGAGACUAAAUCUUUCUUGUUGCGGUCGAUUGGUUGAGAUCCACCCAUCUAUUGGACAACUUAGCAGGCUUAAGUAUUUAGAUCUGCAACACUGCUAUUCUCUUACAGUUCUUCCCACCUUUUCUUCUGAAAUGGAGUCCCUUACGGUUCUUAAUAUUUAUGGUUGCUCAAGUCUCAAUUCGUUUCCGAAAUUUACUGGAAUUAUGAAAAGCCUAUCGAAACUCAAUUUGGGUUAUACUACUGUUAAGAAUCCAGCACCCUCAUCAAUAUUCAAGUGUUUGACUGCCCUUACUUUCUUAGAUCUAAGUUCCUGCUCAAAACUAGAAUCGUUGCCAAGGAUUCCAUCAACUGUAAGAUAUAUAAAUGUUGAAGGUUGGUCUGCCCUAAAAUGGUCACCAGAACGGGUCAAACUAAGUAUCUGGUCACAACCUCUCUCCCAAUGGCUUCCGUAUGAUGAGAGUGGCAGUCGACUGGGAUUUACAAUAUUGUUCCAUUUCCUACAGGGACUCCUUUGUCGUAAAGCCAUUUUGGAUGGAUCUAUUUUUCCGUCAUGUUUAACUCAAGCAGUGGAGAAUUCAAUAAGCAUAGAGCUGCCUUCAAAUUGGUAUAAUAGUAAAUGGAUAGGAUUCACUCUUUGGGCAGCAGUAUCAAGUUUGGUAGACUUUGAAAAUGGUAUUAGAUUUAGAGCUCGUGUGAUAGCCCUUAGUGAUACGCCUCAGAAUCACUGUGCCUCUGAACUUUUCACUAUUUUGAUAAAUCGUGGGGCCUGCAUUUGCCUCUUGUAUUUGUCUCGUGAUGAUUGGUUUUCUACUGUUGGGAAUGAUGAAUGCAGUCAGAUUAAGGUUGUAUUUGAGAUCGAUAAAAGAACCCUGCAUAUGGGGAAAUGUGGGGUCAGUUUGAUAUACAAGCAAGAUGUGAAUGAGUUCAACCAAACAAAUGCACAAUGUUUGAUUAAGAGUUUUGGGGAAGAAGUAUGCAUCUAUAAAUUAACUGCUGGUGAUGAUGAUGAUGAUGAUGAUGAUGAUGUACAUAUAGUCAAUAAUGAUGAUGAUGUACAUAUAGUCCGUGAUGAUGUACUUAUAUUUGGUGAUGAUGAUUUUGAUGAUGAUGAUAUAUAGAGUUGGUGAUGAUAAUGAUUGACAUGAUUGCAAAAGAUGACACCUAAGUGCUGUUUGUACUUUUCUGUCUUUUUUUCAUUGGAUGAAUUUCAAUCAAGGCUUAUGCAAUUAAAUGUGUACAUGUGUUUCAAUUAGCCUGACCAUGGUUUAAUCAAUUUGUAUUUGGUUCAUUUACAAUGAUUUGGAAACUUAUUCAAGUGGCAUAUCUGUGCAUCUUGUUUCAAAAUGAAAAUGGAGUUGCAGAUCUACUUUUACGGGGGAUCUAGCCACUAGGUAUAGACAGAUAAUGAGUUAUAAGGUUUUACUAGUAGAAUUUCUUGUUAGAUGAAUUUCAAGUGAGUUUAGUGCUAUUGGAUUGCAUACAAGCAUUACUUCAGUGUGUGGGAUGACUGGUGCAUGAAGGGCUUUAUACGGACAAGCCAAUGGGGCAGAGCUAUUCCUUCUGCAUAUGGGAGCUAUUCUUUCGCUCCAUCGUUCCUUCUUCUGGAAUGGUUUGGUAAACUUUUUUUGUUCUCUGUCAAGAAAAUGGUAGACUUCAUUUUUUGGCUAGACAUACUAAGUCUCUUAACAUUUUGUUGCAUGCCAAUCAUUAUACUAGGCUUCUAAUUUCUCACUGUAUGCAGCUUGGAAAUUACUUAUUUGUGCUACUAGCCUACUACAUGCCACAUGCAUUUAGAGCCGCAGAAAAGUUUUCACCAAACAUGUUUCUUACGCCUGAACUUAUCUAAGCACUUGGGCUUCAAAUGAGUUGGGAGGUUGGAAUCCACAAGCAGCUAAAAUGACUUUCAAGAUUGUAAUGGUUCUUGUAGUUGCAGAGUUAUCAUAGGCAUGAUUCUCUUCUUUUGCCGCAAUAUUUUGGGCUAUGCCUUCAGCAGAGAGAAGGAAGUUUUGGAUCAUGAUUUGUCUCUCAAUAAUCAUGGAUGGCUUACUAGCAGUACUUUCAGGGUAACUUUCUCACAUUUCUCUCAUGUAAUGGGCUUUUACUUGGAGCAAAACUUCUGAAUUUCUGACUUAUUUAUUCAAGACCAGCAUAUCAAGACAAUGUAGAAGUGGUAAUCUUCCUUGAUGCAAUGCCAUUAACCCUACAAAUCUAUUUUCUGCUUUGCAUCAGGUUUUGCUAGAGGAAGUGGCAGGUAGCAUAUAGGAGCCUAUGUCAAUUUUGGGGCAUGUUAUCUGGUUGGGGUUCGAUUAGUCAUCGUUUCGGCCUUUAUUGUACACCGAAAAGGGAAAGGGCUGUAGAGUGGACUAUUGACAUUGUGUACUGUACAAGCAUUUCUAUUUCUACUUGCUCUUAAAACAAGUUUCACAAAUUAGCAAAAAAAAUUUAUUAUUGCCAAGAAAAAAAAAAAUCUCCCUUUCUUUAUAAUUGGUUUUUCUCACACCAAAAACUACAAUUCAUGUUCAACUUGAUCAUAUAAUACGAAAAUUUGGAAUCUUA